UUGGACGAUCAGUUGGACGAUCAGUUGGACGAUCAGUUGGACGAUCAGUUGGACGAUCAGUUGGACGAUCAGUUGGACGAUCAGUUGGACGAUCAGUUGGACGAUCAGUUGGUCGAUCAGUUGGUCGACCAGUUGGACGAUCAGUUGGACGAUCAGUUGGACGAUCAGUUGGUCGAUCAGUUGGUCGAUCAGUUGGUAGAUCAGUUGGUAGAUCAGUUGGUCGAUCAGUUGGUCGAUCAGUUGGUAGAUCAGUUGGUCGAUCAGUUGGUAGAUCAGUUGGUAGAUCAGUUGGUAGAUCAGUUGGUAGAUCAGUUGGUCGAUCAGUUGGUAGAUCAGUUGGUAGAUCAGUUGGUCGAUCAGUUGGUAGAUCAGUUGGUAGAUCAGUUGGUAGAUCAGUUGGUAGAUCAGUUGGUCGAUCAGUUGGUAGAUCAGUUGGUCGAUCAGUUGGUAGAUCAGUUGGUCGAUCAGUUGGUAGAUCAGUUGGUCGAUCAGUUGGCCGAUCAGUUGGUCUAUUUUCAUUUAAUUUUCUAUGGUCAUAUUUAUAUAUAUAUUAUAUGUAUUUCUCAUGAGUAG